AUGUUGGCAGCCGAGUGGACUUUAUCGAAUGAUACAAAAUUAUGUGCAUCUGCUCAACGUUUAACAUUUGGUAAAGAACAUGAACAUUGGUUAGAUGAAUGGAAUAAUGUUAUGUGGAGUGAUGAAGCACAUUUUGAAGUAUCAAGUCGUAAAAAUGGCACAUAUAUUUAUCGUUUAAAAUCGGAAAUCAAUCAACUAUUCAAUUUCAUUCCACGUGUUCAAGGUGGUCGCGGUGGUUGUGUCAGCGUAUGGGGGUGCAUAUCUGGUGGUGCUCAUGGUCCACUAGUGGUUCAUAAUGAUAGAUUAAAUGGUCCUGCAUAUAUUAAAGUGAUCAAAGAAGCAUUGCCUUGUUUUAUUCAAAAUGCAUUCGAUAAAAGCAAUACUGAUUGGGUUUAUAUGCAAGACAAUGCCGCCUGUCAUACGUCAAAAUACAAAGUAGCAAUUGAAGGUGGUACACUCACAAUAGCGAUCGUACUUAUAGAAACACGAGAAGUGAUACGUAGAGGUGAUCAUAUUUUGAUAGCUACUUUGAAAUAA